AUGACUAGCGACGGAGAAAAGGAAUGGUUUUUGAGAAAAGAUCUCAACUACGAAAGUGGCAUAAUUAUGGCGGCCAAGUUCGUCAAGUAUUUGUCCAAGCUGAGACAGCGCGCGGCCGAAAAAUUACCUCCAUGUCUUCAGCAAGGGAUCGACAUGUACUCUUACCAGCUGAGCAAAGAUGCCAAGGAUCAAUUUACGCCCGAGGAGCAAGGCGUCAUUCGCAAAAAGCUCAACUACCUCAAAGAAUUUUUCAAACUCAAGUGCUACGCCUGGAAUGGAGAAAGCUACGACUUGCGAAUAUUGAUGCCGCUGCUCACGUCGGUACUGUAUGAUUUUGUUGGAAGGAAAUCAAAUCAGCUCAAUAUAAUCAAACGUGACGGGGGCUACAUGAUGCUCGAGUGUGCGGGAAUAAGUUUUCGGGAUUUUAUGAACCACGUGGGGCCGAUUUCUCUUGAAAAAUUUGCUCGAUCGUUCAACUUGGAUCCUGCCGCCUUUUCCAAAGGCAUUUUCCCCUACGACUUGUUUACAGACAUGGAAACCAUGUAUCAGACAACUCAAUUGCCGCCCUAUCCAGCGUUUUCGUCUUCGCUCUACAUUCCGUGCAAAGAUCACGCGCUUGAAAUGAAUUCAAUUAUCAAGAGCAAGUUUGAAUCGGGCGAGUGGACGCAGCUCAACUUUUUCGAAAAACUCGACGAGUACCUUGGUCUCGAGCGACUGUACGAUUCUCCUGCGCUCAAAGAUUUGCCACCAGAUUGUCCUCCCACAAUGAUCCAGUACAUUUAUUCGCAUUUUGAAUGGAAGGGCGACUGCUACGAGUGCGAUGCUGAAAAUGAAGCGGUGAAAAAAAAUGUUUCACAUUUCGCCCAAAGCCUACAAUGA